AUGAACUGGGGGAUCUUCGAGGGGCUCCUGAGCGGGGCCAAUAAGUACUCCACAGCCUUCGGGCGCAUCUGGCUGUCCCUGGUCUUCAUCUUCCGCGUGCUGGUGUACCUGGUGACAGCCGAGCGUGUGUGGAGCAACGACCACAGCGACUUCGACUGUGACACUCGCCAGCCGGGCUGCUCCAACGUGUGCUUCGACGAGUUCUUCCCCGUGUCCCACGUGCGCCUCUGGGCCCUGCAGCUCAUCCUGGUCACGUGCCCCUCGCUGCUCGUGGUCAUGCACGUGGCCUACCGCCAGGCCCGGGAGAAGAAGCACCAAGAGGCCGUCGGGAAGGACGGCGGGCGCCUCUACCUGGACCCCGGCAAGAAGCGGGGAGGGCUCUGGUGGACAUACAUCUGCAGCCUGGUGUUCAAGGCCGGCGUGGAUGCCACAUUCCUCUACGUGUUCCACUCCAUCUACCCCAGAUACACCCUCCCCCGCGUGGUCAAGUGCCACGCGGCCCCGUGUCCCAACGUGGUGGAGUGCUUCAUCUCCAAGCCCGAGGAAAAGAACAUCUUCACUCUCUUCAUGGUGAUCACUGCCCUCAUCUGCAUCGUCCUCAACCUGGUGGAGCUGGCCUACCUGGUGAGCAAGAGAUGCCGGGAGUGCCUGGCAGCCAGGAAAGCCUGGUCUGAGAGCCUGGACCACCGCCUGGACUGGGUUACCUCUUCUUCCAAACAGGGUGAUCUCCUCUCAGGCGACCUCAUCUUUCUGGGCUCAGAUGUUCCCCCUCCACUCUUACCAGACCACCCUCAAGACCAUGUGAAGAAAACCAUGCUGUGA